AUUUUGCAGGCCUGUACCGAAGCUUGCCUGAAUUUUGGUUGCUCCUAUUUUACCUCUCGCGCGCUUUCAUCGGUAGAAAAGCUAUUGCGGUUCAAAGUUAAAAGAAUUUCUCCAUGUGUUCCUCUGUGGAUCCAACUUUACCGCGGUAUUUUUGGCCGCGUGCGAGCUUCUUCGAAACUUGGUGACGUCCACUACCAGUCCCGAAGUCCUGCUGAUGGAACGCGUGAAUACCGCUAACGUCAAUUCCUCGCAUUCUGUUUCCUAUGAAGGAAUGUUCACGGAAUUUCCUGCAUCAAGUUCGCCUACUUGCCCGGACUCAACUUCAGAUAUUUCUUUUUCUGACGUUAUUUACUCUGGUAUGUCUGGUGUUACUCAAAUUCCGCUUCCGGAAAUAGACACCCUUCUUCCGCACGGUUCAUCCAGCGUUUCAAGUGCGGAUCACUUAGAUACGGACUCUUGGGAUAUGAAGCUGGAAUCCGAAGCAUUUUUGAAUCUUGUCGAUGGGAGUUGCAGUCUUCCUUCUGCAGAAUACGAUACUCUUUUAGAACCCGGUCCGUCUUCCAGUUAUUCGAGCUCGUUUGUUGUGACUUACUCUACAGCGACCGAAGAUUGCGUUGAAAACUUAUAUGAAUUCUCAGACACACCGGCAACCUAUCCGAAGACUAUAGCCUUGGAUUGCGAUGUAAUCGGUGUUACUCGCGUCAUUAGCGAUAAAGGAUAUCCGUCCUUCGUUAGUUCAACCGAACUGUCAGAAGUCGUCUCGUCGACGCGCUCGAAAGAAAGGCCGGGAAAGGAAUGCACGAUAUGCGGAAGAAGUUUUUCAAGGCUUGAUAGACACGUCAAAGCGGUUCAUGGGGAUAAGAAAACCGUUUGCCAUUGUGAUGAUAAACCCAAGCCGGUUUCGGUUCGCACGUGUAGAUUUUGCGGGGAAACUUUCAACAAGUAUUCCAUCCUUCGCUCACAUAUUCGAAUGCAGCAUCCAACUUUUGCAUCAUCUCUCGCUCCGUCAUCCAACAUUCCGCCUUGCAAAUAUUGCGGAAGGAAGUUCAGUUCUGAGCAGAAACUCAGGGACCACACAACAGCACACAGCGGCAAGUAUAGAUAUCAGUGCGAUAUGUGCGACAAAGGAUUUGCUGUGGUUACGGAUCUUCAGCGCCAUCGUAGAACUCACACCGCCGCGGAAAUGUGGUCUUGGUCGGUACGAAAUAUUAUUCUGUCCAGUGUCAACGUGCAAAAAAGAUUUUAUGUGAAUCGAAAUAUUUUGAGCCUGAAGGAACGUGAAAUAUGGUCCGACCUUUUUCCUCGCGAAGACGUUAAUGGGCUUGCUGAUCUUCUGAUCGGAAAACCUCAGACCAUAUACGCUGGUUUUGAUCCUACCUCGGCAUCUUUACACGUUGGUCAUCUAGCAGUUAUAUCAGCGUUGCUACAGUGUCAACGAAGUGGUCAUCGCGUGGUGGCUGUCGUUGGUGAAGCCACUGCAGUGGUCGGUGACCCCACAGGGAAGAAAAGUGAUCGCCCUGAGCUUGUUGCCGAAGAUGCAGCGAAGAAUUCAUCUGCGAUUGAGAAGCAGCUCAAUAAGAUCUUCAGAAAUCACGAGGAACAUUUUUGGCCAGAUGACUUCAAGAAACGUUUCCCGCUCACGCCUGCCCUCAUCUUGAAUAAUCUGGAAUGGCACAGAAGUUUAAGCGUGCCCAGGUUUCUUCACGAUGUCGGCCGGAAACUGCGAAUGAACGAACUCCUCUCCCGAGAAGCAAUAAAAUCCCGCGUUGCCGAGGGCAGCUCAGGGAUGUCACUGCUCGAAUUCGCUUAUCAAGCUGUACAAGCCUAUGAUUGGCUUCACAUGUAUCGGAAGUACGGAUGUUCCGUGCAAAUUGGUGGUCAUGAUCAGAUGGGUAACUUGGUCACCGGAAGAGAUUUGGUUUCUCGAAGUGAAAACGAUCCUCGGGUUUAUGGUCUCACUGUCCCUCUGAUUACCUCGGAAAAAGGGGACAAGUACGGAAAAACCGCAGGGAACGCUGUGUGGCUUGACCCAAAUCUUACCUCUACUUUUGAACUUUAUCAGUUCCUACUGAGAACUCCGGACGCCGACGUGGUUCGACUUGUGAAGACUCUUUGUUUAGAUCCUUUGCCAGACUUGGAAAAUGGGGUACUAGAACAGCAUCGCGCAGAUCCUGGUAAACUCUGCGCUCACAAGAAACUUGCCGAUAGUGUUAUAACCCUUAUACACGGUCCGACUGGACUGGAAUCUGCAAAACGAACGACUGAAGCGUUUUAUUCCAAUUCGCCAGCAGCCCUAUGUGAACUGUCUGCCGAAGAGCUGCGUAGCGCGAUGUGCGGCUCAUCCGCCAUAUCUCUGAUGCUUCACCCGGAAACGACUGUGCUGGAUUUGGCCUUGCGUGCAAAAUGCUUUCUGCACGAAGUAGAUGCACGUAGAGUCAUUAUGGGGGGUGGAUUCAGGCUAAACCACCGGAAAGUCCUUUUUCCUGAUGCCAUCUUAAUUCCCGGCGAGCAUAUUUUGCCGAAUGGUUUGACAUUAGCGCGAGUCGGGAAACGCAAUCACGUGUUGAUUCAUUGGCUUGGCUAAAAUUUACGGAAGUGGGUCAGACUAACGAAAGUUCAUGAUUUGCGUAUCGUGAGUAUUCAUUCUUGAGCAUGCAUCGAAGUGCAAUUUUUUUCGAUGAUUCAAAGUCUUAUUCAAGAUUCGUCUCAAUUUCGAGUUCGAUCUACCGAGAGGAUAAUUUUCUCUAGACAUUUUCCAUUUCAUGGUAAACUAUACCUGAAAUAAGCUUAUGGUAUUGCUAA